UUAUAUUUACAAAAUGACCGAAACUCCUUUAAUGUCAAAACAAAUGACGACAAUAAAUCCGUCUAUACAAGUUUCGAUUCUGAACACAGGAACUUCUCUUAAUUCGUUAUCAUCGUCGAUGAUCUCAAAACAGAGCCGUCAAACAAUUCACCCAGACAUAAUAACGACUUCCUACCAAUCAGUGCCGCAUCAUUCACUCUUAGCUUAUUCUUCUGUAGUAGCUAAAAACUCCAACACACCAUCAUUUAACUCUGUCGUAGCUACAAGAUCCAAAACUACAGGUUCUCAGUCAACAUCGGACGGACCAUAUAUUUCUCCUGCAUCAACAUUUCCUGUUUUGAUGACAUCUUCCAUGCAGACCGUUACUAGUGCCCCAGAAACAACAACCCACAAUUUACCUACAGGGGAAAACACUCAGACAGCAACUCAAAAAUUACCUACAAGAGAAACCACUGAGACAACAACACAAAAUUUACAUACAGUGGAAAACACUGAGACAACAACAACAGUAUCCUUAACAAGAGUAUCUGAUGGUAAACAGUGCAACAGUGUUUCUCACAUAUGUAAUAAAGGGGGCAUCUGCGAGGAAGAUCUAUGUGGUGAAAGGAGAUGUCGAUGUCAGAGAGGGUUUGUACCCAAUUUGAACAAGUCCCUGUAUCUGAAAUUGGAAAAGUUAGGUAAUAGUUGUGAAGAAGAUGCCUCUUGCAUGGGGCCAUUCACAGUAUGUAGAGCUGGUACCUGUCACUGCAAGGACGAUUAUGUUACCAGUAGUAAUGGUUUGUGGUGCACUCAUGAAACUUCGUGGUUUGUAAAAUUUCCUUUACUUGGAGAUAGUUGUUCAUCUUUCUUUGCCGAAUGCUUUCAUUCCAUGGAACAAAAAUGUGUGAAAGGCAAAUGCAAGUGUAAGGAAGGCUUGCGAAGUGCAACCGACGAAGAUAAUCAAGUUCCUUCAAACACAUAUCAUCAAUGCCGAAAUGAGACUUUAGAAUUUGGUUAUCGAGAGCCAAGGGCGUGUUAUGGUGAUGAUGAGGAUGAUAUUUCAGAUCCAAUUUAUCAUAAAGCGAUCAAAAGAAUCCGGAAAAUGCAGGGUAUAAUAUUUGGUUGUAUAGCUGGUAUAGUAGUUGUUAUUUGCACUAUUAUUGGUGGCAUUUGUUACUGCAGAUAUCAGAGAAGAGUAAUGGUACGGGACAUGACAAGUGACAAAAAUUCCGUCAUUUCAUUUGAUAGACAAUCAAGUGGGAAAUAUUCCUUUAGAAUUCCACGCCCAUUUAUGCCUUAUAUCAAAGACUGGGAUACGGAUCAGUUAACAUAUGCUAAUUCUGCGUUCACAUCAGAUGACAAUGAAGCACCGAAAGGUGACCGAACUUUGAGAAGCAGCCGAAGUAUAACGUUACCUGACGAAUCAGAUACUGAGGGCUAUAAUCGUCCAAAUGACAGACAUAGGACAGUGUCUACGUCAUCUACAGCGGAUGGAGACAUAACCUCAGUUGAAGGAGAAACUGAUAAACAAAGUAUAGGCGAUUCACCAUCAUCACUUGCAAAAUCGUAUCAGGCAAACCAUAUCAUCUUAGAUCCUGAAAAUGUGGAAGUGUAACUCAUUGUGUUGUUACAAAACAUGGUUGUCCUGUUAAAGGGAGAGGGAAUCCCCGGACAAAGGUUCAAGAGUUUUAUUUGAACAGUUGUUAGAUCACGAUGUAACUGAGUGAAUACAGAUAACUGUACAAAUUUUAAAAUGCACACACCUUUUAGUAGUUCUAGGAGUUUUUCGUGUGUCUCUUAUUGUCGCUUUAGUCGCGAUAGUCACUCUAGCAUAAAAUUGACGGAGAACGAUGAAUUUUAGCUUAGAAUUUAAACAAGAAUGGUGUUCUAAACAAUAAAUAUUCCCAAACAGCGUUUUUAGGGGAACUGGACGGUUCUUUUUCCUCGUCGUUUAGAAGAAUUUCUUAGCGGAUUUUCGAACCGCGUAUCUUUAGGUUUUACGCCAAAUUGAACGACGAAUACCCACUUCCAUCGCAUAUGUACUAAUGUUCUUGUAUUUACAGAAUCGUUGUUUUCAUCAUUGUUUGAUCUUGUACUUUCAUAGUUUGAAAUCGAACUGACGCAUCAUAAUGUAUUAGUCAUUUUUAUUCAACAUCUUGUACUAGUCUGUUUUAUGGAAGUAUUGGUAGCUCUUUAAGACUUAGGCUGACUGCAUUACUUAUUCUUGGUAUAUACCGCAAGACAGACCUCUAAUAUAUUUGAUUUUUCAUUCUUCCACAAUUUGAUUAAUUAAAUAUAGAAUAUAUUGAUAAGUAUUAUAAGAAACAAACACUCAGAGUAAAAUUGUUAUUGUUAAUUGUGACAGGAAACUAAUCAUAAAGUAAAGAAAUGUGUUCUGAGGAAUGAUUGGACUUUCAAUUUAGUCUUUACAAGAUUCUAGACAUUAUGAAUUAAAUUUUAGAAACAACAUGAUUAAUUGUAUGGUAUUUUCGUUUUCAUUCUUCAUUCUUCAUAAUUAUAUAUUAGUGGAUUUGUGAAAAUGAAUGAACUACAAGUCAAGGAAUCGAUGUCGACAUAUACUGUCUUCUUGUGGUAAAAUCUCUUUAACGGAAUCAAUCAUUUGUUUGUUGUAUUUAAUGUUUAUGAACUCAGGAAAAAACUUAGUAGCUGAAUCAAACGAUUUCUUCAAGUAUGAUAUCUUCACUGCAAAAGUAUCAAGUACUCCAAACGUAAUUUCUAGACUUUGAUUCGAAGGGUUCGGUUUUGCAGUUCAAAGUGAAGAUAUUUAUUUUUGGAUUAUUCCUUCAAUAUGAAUCUCUUUGCUUACAUGUUAUGCAUGUAAAUAGUGUAUCUUUAUUCUAAAUGCUAUUUAUCAACCGCCAAGUUCUUCGAAACUUCGUCAAAAUAUUUCCAAGCCAUUUUUAUCUAAAUUCUUGCAACUACUUAUUCUGUAACGUUAAUUGUCAUAUAGGUACCAUAUCUUUUUUAUGUUUCUAAAUGCAUUUUUUUAAUAUACUGUAACCCUCACACAGAUAACUAACAUAUUCUGAUAUUGUUUUGAAGACUUUGGUUUUUUUAUGCAUCAGUUAUGAUUGAAAGUAUAGAUGUCGUUGAAUAGUCAAUUUGUAAGGUAUUUCUAUCAUCGAUUUCACAUAAACUGAACAGAUUUUA